AUGAAGCAAGUGAAGGAGUUGAGUGUUAUUCAAUCCGUCUCCACUGAUAAUAGCUCUGUCAAUGAGUUGUCAAGCUGCCAUUGUGCUGCUGGUUUUGCAUCAGUGGAUUUUAUUAUUUGGAGCUUAAUAACUGACACUACUACAAAAAGAGCCAUAUACGACGGGAAUUCGCCGUCGUCUAGCAAGUUUUCAAACCUCUUCUCUGCAUCUAGUUGGAUCGCAACUGGGUGUGAAGAUAGAACUGUGAGGUUGACUAGGUAUAUGCCAGGUGUUGAGAAUUGGUCUGCAUCAAAAUUGCUUGGGGAGCAUGUUAGUGGAUCAGCUGUGAGAUCAAUAUGCUGUGUGUCAAAGAUAAGCAUAGUUCCGUCAGAUGUGACCAACAUACCCGAUAUGAGAAAUGGAGAACAUAGAAACUCCGGUUUUGUUGAUUUCUGUUGGUGCAAAGCGGCCAUCACCACCACCACCACCUCUUCCUCCACACCACCACCACUACCACAACCACCACCUCCACAUUCAUCACCACCACUACCACCUUCACUACCUCCACCACCACAUCCUCCUCCGCCAUCACCACCACAACCACCACCUCCUUCUCCAUCUCCACCACCACCUCCACCACCUCCACCUCCACCUCCACCUCCACCUUCACAACCGCCAUCCCCGCCACCACCUCCUCAACCUCCACCACCUCUACCUCCACAACCUCCAUCCCCACCACCACCUCCACUACCACCUCUUUCCCCACCAUAUUUGAGUCAUUAUUCACAGUUACAAUAG